AUGAGCGUCUCACUGCUACUGAUUCGUUUCGAGAUUAAAGACGGCGAGCCGCUGAUUGGUUUCGGCAUUUCUGGUGCCGCGUUUCACGAUCCUCCUGGCAGCAAAGCAGUGUCGUUUGUCAGCGGAAACCCAUUUGUCGAAAAGACCGAAGGCAUUUUGCACAUCUACAAACAGAAUACGGACGCCGGAACGACGAUUUCCAGCAGUCGCAUUCUAUGCAUAUUGAACGUUCCCGCAUUCAUGACCUCGCAUAAUUUGCUGCAGUUCGUUGCCCCAUUCAGCAGUUCUAUUUGCCACAUUCGCAUUAUACGAGAUGGUCGGCCCAACGAAUAUAUGGUUCUGUUGUAUUUUCGGGAUAUGGUGUGUGCAGAAGAAUUUUAUCGAAACGUCGAUGGCACUCGCUUCAACAGUAUAGAAUCGGACAUUUGUCACCUAGUCUUUGUGUCCAGGGUUGAGGUGAUGAAGGAAUCUGAGGGAGCGAACUGGCCGAUAUCAGGAUGCACCGAACUGCCCACAUGUUCAGUCUGCCUGGAACGCAUGGACGAAUCGGUGGACGAAAUUCUGACCAUCCUCUGUAAUCAUUCUUUCCACGGAAGCUGUCUGUCACAGUGGUCAGACACUACCUGUCCCGUAUGCCGUUAUGAACAGACACCCGAAGCUAAAGCUGAUCCGUCGUGUCAAGCUUGUGGCCGGAAACAGGAUCUUUGGAUUUGUUUGAUAUGCGGCAACGUCGGCUGCGGUCGCUACGCUGAUGGACACGCUGAACAACACUUUCAAGAAACGCAGCACACGUUUUCGCUCGAAGUCGGCGGUCAGCGAGUAUGGGACUAUGCGGGGGACAACUACGUUCAUCGUCUGGUGCAGAGCAAGACCGACGGCAAGGUGGUCGAAUACAUGCAUCCACAACAAACAGCCGAUGACUUAGAAAACGUCGAAAAGGUAGAGGCGAUCACUUUAGAGUACUCGUACCUUUUGACGAAUCAGUUGGAAUCACAGCGCAUCUACUUUGAGAACAAGUUGGCGAUGACUCAACAAAUGGCGAACAGUGAGAUCGAGAAAAUCAAGCAUGAAUUGGAGGUUGCCCAUGAAGAACGUUGCGACUUGAUGAACGUCGUACAAAAGGACAAGAGCGAUCGUCAGUCGCUCGAAAAAAAACUAGCUGCCCUUAGUGCAAAAUUGCAAAAGGCUUCAGCGGAAUUGCGCGAAGAGCGCGACAUGAACAAAUGCUUACGUGACAAUCAGAAAGCAUAUACCCAACAGAUAUCGAAGCUGGAAGCGCAGGUGAAACAGAUCAGCGAAGAAAAGGAUAAGGUAAGAUAUUUGAUGAACUUCUUUUACUGA